AUGAUAAGUGCUAUACAAAUCUUGAUCAAUUCACUACUGGACAUUACCGGUUUGGACCAGGCAAGUAUUAAGAUAUUAACAUGCACUUUGCUUUCAUUUGGGUUUAGCAUCAUUUUUAAAAGAUUACCCGAUCAGAAUUACACGUUGAAGAAUAUAUACAAUGUUCUAGUUUCUGCAUUUUACGUUUUUGGAAUAUGUGAUUUACGAAGCGGAUUAGGCACACUUCUCAUAUCUUCAUUGGGCACAUAUUUCAUAACAAGGUACUUGAGAACAUCGAAGAUGCCGUGGGUCAAUUUCUUAUUCCUAAUGAUACAUAUGGCCUAUAGUCAUGUUCAUCUUCAGUUUUUUGAUGAUUACGACCCUACUGUUAUAGAUAUAACUGGAGCCCAAAUGAUACUAGUUAUGAAAUUGUCUGCGUUUGGAUGGAGUGUCCAUGAUGGGAAGCAGCCACGAACUAGUUUGAACGAGUACAACAAGUCUAGAGCUAUAUACAAGCAUCCAAAUAUUUUGCCAUAUAUUGGGUACCUGUUUUUCUAUGCGUCAUUGUUAACAGGACCAGCUUUUGACUAUGUAGACUACGAUAAGUUUAUGCACUCGACUUUGUUUGAUGAUGUGCCCGAGGAAAAAAGACCGGGUAGACGUGUUAAAAGAAGAAUACCAAGAAGCGGGAAGCAAGCUUUUGUGAAACUUUUGCAGGGUUUCUUUUGGGCAUUUUUGUUAUUUCAAGUACCAAAGUUUGCUGAUUUAAAGUAUGUGUUUAAAAAUGAGUUUGUCACGGAUCAUGGAUUUGUCUACAGAAUUUUCUACAUGUGGGUUUUGGGAUUCUCAUACAGAUUAAAGUACUAUGCAAUCUGGACUAUUGCAGAAGGGGCCUGUAUACUUUGUGGGAUUGGAUACAAUGGUUUUGAUUCUGAAACUGGGGAGUUCAAAUGGAAUCGAGUACAAAAUAUUGACCCUGUUGCAUUUGAAACCGGCCAAAGUGUUCAUGCUUGUUUAGAGGCAUGGAACCAAAAUACCAACAAAUGGUUAAAAUAUUAUGUGUACUUGCGGGUUGCCAAGCCUGGUAAGAAACCGGGUUUUAAAAGCACUGUUUUUACAUUUGCCACAAGCGCAUUUUGGCACGGAACCAGACCUGGCUACUAUUUAACUUUUGUUUUGGGCGCGUUGCUCCAAACAGUUGGCAAGUAUUAUAGAAGAAAUAUAAGGCCCUUUUUCUUGAAAAGUGACGGAAGUUCGAAACCGACAAAAGUUAUCUACGAUUUUGUUUGUUGGAUCAAUACACAGUUGGCAUUUGGGUUUAUUGUUCAACCUUUUGUCAUUUUGGACUUUAAGAAUUCAUUAUUGUGUUGGAAAACAGUCAAUUAUUGGCUUGUUUGGGUAAUUGGGGUUUCCUUUUUUAUUUACAAUGGUCCGCUCGCAAGAUAUUUCAAGGUCAAAGCUCCUUCUCCUCCUAAAAAGAAACCGGUUUCUGACAAUCCUGCUGAGAAUGCGCCGUCAACUUUUGAGUCGGUACUAUUAUCCAAUGAAGAAAACCGACACGUGUCGCAUGCUGUAAAGAAGAAGUUGGAGAAAGAUUAUGAUGCGCCAACUUUGGGUUUACCAUCGUUUGACGUGUUUCAAGAUAUGGAUAGAGAAGAGAUUGACGAUGACAUCAAACACUUGCAUGAUGCUUGGGUAUCCUUUAAACAGCGCAAGUUUUUGAAUGGUAAAGAUAAUGAUAAAAAUGAUGAUAAAAAUGAUGAUUUUGAAGGUUUAAAAGAUGCAUACAAAAACUUUAUUGACGAGAUUAACCGCAUCUUCCAAAGUGAAAAAAAAGAGGUUUACAAUAUGAAAGAGAAGAUUUUGACUCAACUAUGA